GAAUGGGGGAUGCAUCACUAUAGCACGCACUUGUUGGCAUCGACAUUUGUGCUCAGCACAAGACAAGGUCGCUACAGCAGGGGAGACGGAGCAUCGAUACAGACACAUACAGCCAGCUAGCCAGUCAUCCGGUUCUCACGCCGACGCUCCGUACAUUGCUCAUUGCAGCGAGCUGCUUCUCAGCGGACGAGCGGCGUCAAUCGAGUGGCUCUAGAAAAGCCCUCUCCCCCACACCACCACCCCCGUCUUCCCCAUGUCGUCCGGCUACCGGGGCUCGCCCCUCACUACCUCGGCCCAGUCCAACCUGAGCAUGAACAGCGAUGCCACCGACACACGCAAGAGGCAGAACAAGCGUGAUGAGGCCAUCCGCAAAAAAGUAGAGCUGGAGCUGCAGCGCAAGAGCGGCAAGGCGCCCUCGACGCCGACCGCCUCAUCGCGGCGCCGCAAGCAGCAGCACGCCUCGCGCGGGCCAGCCGCGACGCCGGGGACCGUCUCGGCGCUCCGGCCUCUGCCAGCGUUGACCGUGCCGCAGACGAUCAGUGUCGCGGAUGCCAGUCAGCUCUGUGCAGCCAAACGCACCGACUGCGUGCUUGUCGUUGACGAGGACGAGCAUCUUGCGGGUAUCUUUACCGCCAAGGACCUUGCUUUCAGGGUCGUCGCUGGCGGCCUCGACGCACGCACGACGCCUGUCAGCGAGAUCAUGACGCGCUCGCCAAUGGUCACGCGCGACACGACGUCCGCGACCGAGGCGUUGAACACGAUGGUCACACGCGGCUUCCGGCAUCUUCCCGUGUGCAACGAGGACGGCGACGUCAUCGGCCUGCUGGAUAUUGCCAAGGUCUUCUAUGAGGCGCUCGAGAAGCUCGAGCGCGCGCAUGGAUCGUCGCAGAAGCUUUACAAUGCCCUCGAGGGCGUACAGAGUGAGUGGGGCACCGGCGCCGUCGGCCCACAGCAGGCGAUGCUGCAGUACAUCGAGGCCCUGCGCGACAAGAUGUCCAUCCCCGACCUCAGCAGCAUCCUCGACAGCAGGACCCUGCCAUGCACAGUCAGCGUGCGCACCACCGUCCGCGAGGCCGCAAAGUUGAUGAAGGACCACCAUACCACCGCAGUGUGCGUCAUGGAGUCCUCCGCGCCCGCCUCUGCCAACGGCGGCGUCGUGCAGGGAAAAAUCGCCGGCAUCUUCACCAGCAAGGACGUCGUGCUCAGAGUAAUCGCUGCUGGACUCGACCCAAAGUCCUGCAGCGUCGUCCGCGUGAUGACUCCUCAUCCGGACACGGCACCUCCCACCAUGAGCAUCCAGGAAGCUCUCCGCAAGAUGCAUGACGGACGCUACCUCAAUCUGCCCGUCGUUGACACCGACACGCGCCUCGUCGCCGUCGUCGACGUGCUCAAGCUAACGUACAAGACGCUGGAGCAGAUCAACAGCAUGGCCGAGGAAUCGGAGCAGGGCGGCAGUGGCGGGGCCGGCGGGCCAAUGUGGAACCGUUUCUGGAACUCGUUCGGCCAGACCGGCAGCACCGGCAGCGGCAGUGCAGCAGGCGGCGCCGGUGGCGGGGACGACACCGAGAGCGCGCUCAGCGGCAGCCAGCGCCCGUCCGAGUACCUCAACGAGAUCCCCUCCACGCCUGGCCGGCAUGCCGGCGGUGCGGACAUCAGCAGCGACCUCCACCCGAACGACAGCGCCUCCGCCGUUGGCGCCGCCAUGCACGAGGACGCUGCGUCCGCGCUCGGCUUCGGCAUCAGCAGCGCUGGACCCGGUGGUGUCGGUGCCGUCGAUGACGGCACAUAUCUCUUCAAGUUCACUACGCCUGGCCGCAAGACGCACCGCUUCCAGGCGCGGUACGACACCUACGACACCAUCCGCGAGAUCGUCGGCAUCAAGCUCGGCGCCGACGACUUUUUCGCCACGCCCCCUCGUCCUUCACCGCCCGAUGCAGAAGGCGAGAGCGGCAGCGGCGUGAAUGGCAAAGCAGCGUACGCGCAGCCUGACCCGGAUGACUUUACACUCGCGUACGAAGAUGACGAGAACGACGUUGUGCUCAUCACCGCUGACGGCGACGUGCAGGAUGCCGUCAACGUCGCACGCAAGCAGGGACGCGACCGCGUGGUUCUACUUGUACAGGGCGGCCGGACGUGGGAGGAGGCGCUUGCGCACUACGCCGCACCGAGCGCCACCGUCCCCGCUGCGUCGAGUGCGCAUGGCAAGCGCAGGCAGCGCGACGCCGUCGAUGCGCAGCUGCAGAGCGUCGAGGAGGAAGAGGAGCGCGAGGACCAGGCGGACGUCGACGGUGGCUCGCCAAACAAGCCCAGAGCCAUAGGCGUCGCCGCCACAGGCAGCAGGAAGAGCGCAGCAGGACGGAAAGAAGGGGAAGACCUCCUGUUCGGCGUUUUGCCGAGGGACAUGGCCAUGCCCGCCGCCAUCAGCUUCCUCGGCGUCGCCGUCGUUGCGGCUGUCGUCCUCACUCGCUCUUCAUCCUCGCGAUGAUGCGAUGCGGCCCAAUCGAGCUACCAUGCUCUUGUUCCAACAAGCGCUCGCGUCCCCUCUUUACAACCUUAUGCAGCAUGCAGCAUACAGAACUUCGAAAGUCUGAUUGCAUGACAAGACGAGGCGAGACGAGAUACCGUUUAUUAUCCACCGUUGUCUCACGUGUAAUGUGCAAAGCAUCUAGAAAGAGAGGGUGUUUUGAAUUUUCAACAUGAAA